AAGAAAAGAAGAGCCAAGAAAUGUUUCACCUGCACUCAGUGUGGAAAGAGUUUGUCAAGCAAAUAUCAUCUUGAUGUUCACAUGAGAGUUCAUACUGGAGAGAAACCAUACACAUGUGAUCAGUGCGGAAAGAGCUUCAUUCAAUCAUCAAGCCUUAAGGAUCACAUGAAAAUCCACACUGGAGAAAAUCUAUACAAGUGUUCACACUGUGACAAGAUAUUCAGUCGAUCAGCACACCUGAAAAUGCACGAGAGGAUCCACACUGGAGAGAAACCGUUCACAUGCGAUCAGUGCGGGAAGAGUUUCAGACAAUCAUCAAGCCUUAAGAAACACAUCAAUAUCCACACUGGUGAGAAACGGUACAAAUGUUCACAUUGUGACAAGAGAUUUACUCAGUCAGGAUUCCUGAAAACACACGAGAGGAUCCACACUGGAGAGAAACCGUACACAUGUGAUCAGUGCGGGAAGAGCUUCACAAAAGGAAACCUUACAGAGCACAUGAGAGUUCAUACUGGAGAGAAGCCGUUCUCUUGUGAUCAGUGCGGGAAGAGUUUCACACAAUCAUCAACCCUGAAGGAUCACAUGAACAUCCACAUUAUAGAGAAGCUGUACGCAUGUGAUCAAUGCAGCAAAUGAACAUCCACACUAGAGAGAAACUGUACACAUGUGAUCAAUGCGGGGAAACAUUUUUGUGGGCUUCAAACCUGAAGAGUCACCUGAAAGUUCAUACAAAGGAGAAGCCACAUUCAUGUUCGUUGUGUGGAAAGAGUUGUUCACAUCUAGAACAUUUGAAAGAACAUCAGAAAAUACAU